UUUACUGUUUCUAAGUUUUUAUUGUUGCACUCGUUGUAUUCUCAUGUUAGCCUUUCUGGAAGGCAUCAAUUCAAUCUGCAUUUAUCUCCUGAUUAAUUUCCAUAAGUGAAAGGGACACAUUUGUUUGUUCAUUUACCUUUAAACUUUCAUUCUCAAACACACCUUUAUGUAUAUUGUAUAUUUUCUGUGAUAUCAGUUUUAUAGAAUUAAAGAUAUAUAAUGGGGAGAAUAGCACAGUCUCCAUUUGUGUUGAAGAUAUUUUCUUACACUGAGACUUAUAUACAUCAAUUUGCACUUUUACUUUUCAACUUAACUGAACCAUGGAGGAAGGGGUGAGUGAAGAUAUGUGAUAGUUUUUCUUCUACUAUUUUUAAACCUAAAAUGCACCAUUGCUUUUUGUUGCUCUGUUAUGUAUUUGUAAUUGGUUCUUAAUAACAUCUUGGUUUGAUAUCUGUAAAGAUCUUCACGUGUUAGUUUAACCUUUUUUUAUUGAACCAUCACAACAAGGAGUGACCUGCAGUUUGUGAGGGAUUAUGAGCCUUACACAGACCAUGUCCAGCAUCUCAGUGCUUUAUGGAGCAGCUAGUGCUGGAAAGUCUAAUUUUUAUUGACAUAGAAAAACAUAUGAGAAACUGUUCAUAUGCAAGUGCCAUUUUAUAACAGAAUUUUCCUUUUUUCAGUAUGCAAAAAACACAAAGAGAUCAGCUUUACAGACUGACCAGUUAGUAGCAUGGGCACAGGAACCUUUGAGGUCAGGGGAGCCCUGGGCCAGAGCCUCCAUAGCUGUUAAUUUUGCUUGUUUGAAAAUCAAAAAUGACCACAAAAAGACAGCAAAACAGUCACAAAGAGACAAGGAUCCUUCAAACAAACUUUUCUGGUUAGAAGAUAAUAUGCUACGUCAUUGGAAAUAUGGUCUUAAAAGAAGAUCAAGAGAUUGUAGCCUAUAUGGGCCAGAAAAAGAUACAAUGACUGGUGGUUUGAUUUAGCUUUAUAGACUCAGUCACCGAUCAAGUGAUAGUUUUAGUCGUUUUUCAAGCAAGGAUUCCAAACAUUUGCCAGAUGUGAUUAUUUUCUGCCUUUCUUACCUGGUUAUAAACUGAAGAUUUGAAUGAAGUCAGCAAUCUGAACAACGUCUGUUUCCUGUUCAAAGUUCAGUUUCACUUUCACUGAUCACCAUCGUGCGUCUUCUUCUCUCUAUUUAAAGAUGAAGGCAGAAAGUGUGUGUGAGCUGAUGUGGAUGUAAAUUCAGCAGCAUGGAUCAAUGUGAGGACAGAGAGGAGGGAGUCCUUUUGUGUGGGGAACAUGAGAGCCAGACCAGAGCUCAGAGUCUGGAGCAGCAGCGCAUGCCAGACUCUGCUGAACCUGGACCCAGCUGUGUGUCCCUCAAGAGUGAUAGGUCAAAGGAUAUUUAUAUGAAUUUUAAACAAAGAUGCUCAUCUGACAAAAGGUUGCAUCACAGACCAGACUCUUUUGGAUCAGGACUCAGCUGUCAAUCUCUCAGGAGUGACUGCUCAAAGGACAUUUAUGUUAACUUUACUCAAAAAGCUCUAUCUCACAAGAGGAUGUAUCAGAGACCCGUCUCUUUUGGAUCUGAGCCCAGCUGUUUGUCCUUUAAGAGUGAUCAGUCAAAGGAUAUUUAUGUUAACUUUAAACAAAGACCUUUAUCUGACAAAAGGACAUAUCAGAGACCAGACUCUCCUGGACCUGAACCCAGCUGUGUGUCCCUCAGGAGUAACGAGUCAAAGCAUUUUUUUAUUGACUUUAAAGAACAACCUACCCAUGCUGACCAGAGAGUCAACCAGGAGAACUCAGAGGUUCCCAGGGAUCAGUCUGCCCAGCAGCAUCAAACACAACUGGACUCCAUCUUUAUGGUGCUGGAGGAGAACAUUGUCACUUUUGUGAAGAAUGAGCUUAAGAAGAUCCAUAAGGUUCUGAGUCCAGAUUACCCAGAAUGCUUAGAGAGUCAGAUAGAGGAUGAGGAGGUUUUGGACAAUGAGAAUGAAGAGCAGCGGAGGAGCAGCAGAGAGGGAUUUUUGAAGAUCACACUGAACUUUCUGCGGAAAAUGAACCAGGAGGAGCUGGCUGACUGUCUGCAGAGCAGACAUCUUGCUGCAGUUUGUCAACGUAAACUUAAAUUUAACCUGAGGAAGAAGUUCCAGUGUGUGUUUGAUGGGAUUGCUAAAGCAGGAAACCCAACCCUUUUGAAUCAGAUCUAUACAGAGCUCUACAUCACAGAGGGAGGGACUGGAGAGGUCAAUGAUGAACAUGAGGUCAGACAGAUUGAAGACAGCGUUCAGGAAACCAAACAGCAAGAAACAACAAUCAGACAAGAAGACAUUUUUAAACCUACACCUGGAAAAGAUAAUCCAAUCAGAACAGUGAUGACAAAGGGAGUGGCUGGCAUUGGGAAAACAGUCUUAACACAGAAGUUCACUUUGGACUGGGCUGAAGAAAAAGCCAACCAGGACAUAAAGCUGACAUUUCCAUUCACUUUUAGAGAGCUGAAUAUGCUGAAAGAGAAAAAAUUCAGCUUGGUAGAACUUGUUCAUCACUUCUUUACUGAAACCAAAGAAGCAGGAAUCUGCACACUGGAAGAGUUCCAGGUUGUGUUCAUCUUUGAUGGUCUGGAUGAGUGUCGACUUCCUCUGGACUUCCACAACACUGAGAUCCUGACUGAUGUUACAGAGUCUACCUCAGUGGAUGUGCUGCUGACAAACCUCAUCAGGGGGAAACUGCUUCCCUCUGCUCGCCUCUGGAUAACCACACGACCUGCAGCAGCCAGUCAGAUCCCCCCUGAGUGUGUUGACAUGGUGACAGAAGUCAGAGGGUUUACUGACCCACAGAAGGAGGAGUACUUUAGUAAAAGAUUCUGUGAUGGGGAACAAGCGAGCAGGAUCAUCUCGCACAUCAAGACAUCACGAAGCCUCCACAUCAUGUGCCACAUCCCAGUCUUCUGCUGGAUCACUUCUACAGUUCUGGAGGAUGCGUUGAAAACCAGAGAGGGAGGAGAGCUGCCCAAGACCCUGACUGAGAUGUACAUACACUUCCUGGUGGUUCAGUCCAAACUGAAGAAUGUGAAGUAUGAUGGAAGAACUGAAAUAGAUCCACACUGGAAUCCGGAGAGCAGGAGGAUGAUUGAGUCUCUGGGAAAACUGGCUUUUGAGCAGCUGCAGAAAGGAAACCUGAUCUUCUAUGAAUCAGAUCUGAUAGAUUGUGGCAUCAAUAUCAGAGUAGCCUCGGUGUACUCAGGGGUGUUCACACAAAUCUUUAAAGUGGAGAGAGGGCUUUACCCGGACAAGGUGUUCUGCUUUGUCCACUUGAGUGUUCAGGAGUUUCUGGCUGCUCUUCAUGUCCAUUUGACAUUUGUUAACUCUGGUGUUAAUCUGCUGUUAGGAAAUAAAUCAGCCUCCUGGUGGUGUAAACUGUCUAGAGGCAAAUCUGAACUGACAUUUUUCUAUCAGAGUGCUGUGGACAAGGCCUUACAGAGUCCAAACGGACACCUGGACUUGUUCAUCCGUUUCCUCCUGGGCCUUUCACUGCAGACCAAUCAGAAUCUCCUACGAGGUCUGCUGAAAAAGGCAGAAGGUAGCUUACGGACCAACCGGGAAACAGUCCAGUACAUCAAGAAGAAGAUUGAAGAGACUUCCUCUGCAGAGAAAAGCAUCAACCUGUUCCACUGUCUGAAUGAACUGAAUGAUCGUUCUCUAGUGGAGGAGAUCCAACAGUCCCUGAGAUCAGGAAGUCUCUCUACACAUAAACUGUCUCCUACUCAGUGGUCAGCUCUGGUCUUCAUCUUACUGUCAUCAGAAAAAGAUCUGGAUGUGUUUGACCUGAAGACAUUUUCUGCUUCAGAGGAGGCUCUUCUGAGGCUGCUGCCACUAGUCAAAGCCUCUAAAAAAGCUCUACUGAGUGGCUGUAACCUCACAGAGAGAAGCUGUGCAGCUCUGUCCUCAGUUCUCAGCUCCCAGUCCUCCAGUCUGAGAGAGCUGGACCUGAGUAACAACAACCUGCAUGAUUCAGGAGUGAAGCUGGUGUGUGCUGGGCUUGAGAGUCCACACUGUAUUCUGGAAACUCUGAGGCUGUCAGGCUGUCUGGUCACAGAAGAAGGCUGUGCUUCCCUGGCCUCAGCUCUGAGCUCCAACCCUUCCCAUCUGAGAGAGCUGGACCUGAGCUACAAUCACCCAGAGGACUCAGGUGUGACGCUGCUGGCUGCUGAACUGGAGGAUCCAAACUGGAGACUGGACACCCUCAGGGUGAAGCCCAGUGGAGUCCAAUGGUUAAGGCCAGGUCUGAGGAAGUAUUUCUGUGAACUCACUCUCGACACAAACACAGUAAACAAUGAGAUCAAACUGUCUGACAACAACAGGAAGGUGACAUAUGUGAGAGCAUACCAGUCAUUUCCUGAUCAUCCAGACAGAUUUGACUACUGGCCUCAGCUGCUGUGUGGAAAUGGUCUGACCGGUCGCUCUUACUGGGAGGUGGAGUGGAGAGGAGAGGUUCAUGUAUCAGUGAGCUACAGAGAAAUCAGGAGGAGUGGAGACAGUAAAGACUGCGUGUUUGGAGAGAAUGAUCAGUCCUGGAGUCUGGCCUGCUCUGAUCUUGGUUACUCUGUCUUUCACAAUAACAGGAAAACAUCUCUCUCCUCUCCCUCCUCUGUCUCCAACAGAGUAGCAGUGUAUGUGGACUGUCCUACUGGCACUCUGUCCUUCUACGCGGUACCAGAGUGUGUCAGAGUUUCCUCUGACACACUGUCCUCUGACACUCUAUCCUGCUGGCAGUGUGUCACCUCUGAAACACUGAUCCACCUCCACACCUUCAACACCACAUUCACUCAACCUCUUUAUCCUGGGUUUGGGUUUAGGUUCUGGUACAAGUCUGGUUCCUCAGUGUCACUGUGUUUAUUGUAGAAAGGAGCAACCUCUUGUUAGAGAAACAUUCUCACUGUUGAACAGAUAGUUCAGUUUGUACAUUUAUAUCACUUAUAAACACAUUUCCAGAUUAUUUUUUUAAAAUCUGCUUAUUUGUAAAUAAUUCCUUGUAAAUUACUUUCUCUUUCCUUCUGAUCAUCAUUUUUUUGUCUUUUGACAAUAAAAGAAUCACUGUGAA